CAUCACCACUCUCGCAUGAUCUCCCACCCUCCUCGCACUACCUUAUCUUCGUUAUAGUGCUCAAGUUGAGUUAUUCUUUACUGUUUUUGAGGAGGAGGAGGAGGAGGAGGAACUGCGAGAGAUGGCAGGCUUAUCUUUACAUCAUCCUUGGGCUUUUACCUUUGGAAUUCUAGGUAACAUCAUUUCCUUCUUGGUAUACCUAGCACCACUGCCUACGUUCUACAGAGUGUACAGGAAGAAAUCCACAGAAGGAUUUCAAUCGGUGCCUUACGUGGUUGCUCUUUUCAGUGCCAUGCUAUGGAUCUUCUACGCCCUCCUCAAAACCAACGCGUACCUUUUGAUCACCAUCAACUCCUUCGGCUGUGUUAUCGAGACCAUCUACGUCCUCCUCUACUUGUUCUACGCCACCAAGGAUACAAAAGUAUACACUGUGAAACUUGUCGUGCUUUUGAACGUGGCCACCUUCGGCUUGAUCCUUCUCUUGACUCUGCUUCUGGCAGAGGGCUCGAGAAGAGUUCAAAUUCUAGGGUGGAUCUGCGUUGGCUUCUCGAUCAGCGUCUUCGCCGCUCCCCUCAGCAUCAUUAGGCUCGUCGUCAGGACAAAGAGCGUGGAGUUCAUGCCAUUCUCGCUCUCCUUCUUCCUCACGCUGAGCGCCGUAGUCUGGUUCUCGUACGGUUUGUUGAGCAAGGACAUCUACGUUGCGUUACCGAACGUCUUGGGGUUUAUCUUCGGCAUCCUUCAAAUGGCGCUCUACCUAAUCUACAAGGACACGAAGAAGGUCAUCGAGCCGGUGCCAGAGCACGUCAUAGCCAUCGCCAAGCUCGGCGGCGCCGUGGAAAUCUACACGAUCGACUCUGCGCCGGCGACGGAUGCCGGCGAGGCAGCGGGGCUAGCCGAGCAGGAGGAGGUUGAUGAAAAGGAGAAGAAAGAGGUGAAGAAGCUUGAAGUCUGAUGACUGAAGAAAUAAUGCUAAAGAACUACUGCUAAUCCAUAUAUAAACCGCCAAUUGGGAAGCUGAUGGGAAAUGGUGUUGCGCUGCAGUACAUGCACUUGCAGACGGACCAACAUUAAGAAGCAAGAAAAAGAAACUCUGUCCUCUCA